CAAACCACAGUGCCGCUGAGGCUCUUGGAAAAGCCCAGGGCUUCCAGGCGUGUGGACCGGGCUCCUCUCUGGUGGCUCUUAGGUGAACCCGUCAACUGGGCGACUUAGCGAAUUUGAGGGGGUAAUUCACAUUAGUUUGGAAGGAAGUUGGUGUUGGAGAGUGGGAUUGCCCAGGGCCAUGCGAGGGCAGGAGAGAUGGGAGAGACCAGGAGGCUGGGAGGCAGGAAGGGGGAGUAGGAUGAGGGGAGUGCAGGUGCCCCCUCCAGUGGGCUCUCUGGCUGUGCCCCCCUGGUUCUGAUGCACCCUCCAAGCAUGCAGGCUUGCAUCCUCCUACUCGCUGCUCCAGGCCAACCUGACCUUCCAGGGCCGUGCUCCUCUCCUUGGUGGAGUGGGGCCUCUGUAGGGACCUGAUGCUGGAAACCUCCAGGAACUUGGUCUUGCUGGGUAAACCUGCCCUGCAGUUCUUAACUGUGCAUCUUAGCUUCAUCCUCUCUUGGGCACAGCCAUAGGUUCUGAAGCUGACCGAGUUUUGGGCUCAGGAUCCAUCAGGGCUGUGAAACAAGGGAAGGCCUUGUCUUACACUUGUACUUACACUGGGAAGACCACUGAUUCAAUGUCAGACCUGGGAUGGGGUGGGUUCUGUACUUCGGAUCUUGUUCAAGACAUUUAACUUCUCUGAGCCUUGAUUUCUAUGAAGAGAAGAAUAAUUCCUUUUUCAUAGGGUGGUUUAAGUUAAAUGGUACCAGUAUAUUAAAGUUCCUAGUUGAAUACCUGGCACAUAGUAGAGACUGAAAAAAAAAAGUUAGUUCAGUUUCCUCUUCUGCAUUGUUACGGAGAGUUGGAAAUGGGUGAUCCCCUUUUGGGAUCCCUGGUUUUACACUUUCUUCCUUUUUGAGCUCCAUUGAUAACCAACUUACAUACUCCAAUUCCAGGAAUCCUCCCAAGGUCUCGCAUGGAGCCCACACCCCAGUGUUGGCUGAUUUGUCGUUGUCACCAUUGUUCCAUCUAGGAUUCCUGGUUGCAAGAAGUGUUGGAAGGAAGUCGGGAGGCUCACAGAAUCCCGGGAGAUAGUGUGGGAAGCAGGGGUGCUCUGGAGAAACAGGGAGCAGCAGGCCCCACACACCAGAAUGGUCUGCUCUGCCGAGUGACAUUACCGCCAGUGUUUCCUCUGCCUCUCUCCAGUCCACAUACAUAGGUCACAUGUUCUCCCUCACUGGACUGUGGCAGGGAGAGGAAGCUAAUGACCCAUCAGCUUCUGAAUAUGGAAACUUGAGUUAACAUCCCUCCAAGAUCACAUACACUGUGGUGGAGAUAGUUCCCCAAAAGGAAACUGUUUGCUAUUAGAAGGGGAGCAGGUGCUAGAAAGCCCAAAACCAAUAAAUGCCAACCAUGAGUACUGCCUUUAUCCUGGCACUGUGCAAAGUUCUUUUCCCAACAUUAUCUCAUUUAAUCCUUGCAACAAACCAAUGAAGGCAGGUGCAGCUACUCCCCCCACUUUACAGAUGGAUAAGUUGAUGAUCAGAGAGGUUAAGUACCUUGUUUAAAGUCACACAGUAAGUGUUGGAGCUGAGAUUUGAGUGCAGAUCUGCCUGCCUUGGCAGUAGUGCUCUUGACCACUGCACCAUACUGCUUUUCUGCCUUCCAGUGAGGAAAGCACACACAAGCUUGUUAUUUCUCUGUGCUCAAAUAUCACCCUUAACCCACUGUGUAAACCCAUCUUCCCAUAGACACAGCUUCCCCUGGACUUUUAAAAUGAUGGCUUCUCUCAAAGUCCCUGUCUCUAACAACAGGGCUUCAUACACCUAGAGUCUGGCACCAGUGCAGAUGUGUUCUGUGCACCCAAGAUGUAGCAUUUGCUGUUCUAUGAGCAGCAAUCCCAUGUUCCAAACCUGGUGUGAUAUCCCAGCUGAAACAAAGGAGAGAGCCGUGGGUCCCAGAGAGACAAAAACCCAAGGAUAGAGAACUCCCAGGAGACGACCUCUGCUGCCCAGAUAAGCAGGGAGGAGCCAGCCUCCUGCAUGCAUUAGGGCUGUGUCAGUGAGUGCCCAGUGGGUGUUAGGCUCAGUGGUGGGUCAGUUUUGAACCCCAGCCUCCUCCUGUUGUGUCCUGUCCCUGGGCAGUCCACUGGGUCUGAGGUAGAGGGUCCAUAACUCUGGUGAGGUGUUGUCAUUGGCCAUCUGCAAACACUGUGCCCUGUGUGGGUUUAGUUAUGCUGCCCUCUUUCACUGCCCCUCUACACCAAGGGCCACUACUCAGGAGACAUGGAGGGAAAUCUAGAGCCCCCAAGUAUUCACUAAUGCCUUGAGUGAUGCUUAUUCACCACCAGAAAACCCACUCGGAAGAGAAACUUCAUGAACAUAAAGAUUGUGACAAAGUCUUCAGGUUAGGUAAGUUUUAAGAAAUCACGUUUUGUCAUAGGAAAAAAAUGGGAAAAACUAAAAGUUUGAUCCAAAUGUCUAAUUAUGUUAAUGGAGAGACAGUGUGUUUGGAUGUAUGUUUUCUUAAACAACGUUCUUCAAGGUCAGGGCACUUCUCUUUUUGUUUCAUUAUACUUCUCUCAUUAUCUUAUUCAUACCAGACUUUAAUAAAUAUUUGGGGCUAUGGAAAAUACAGGAAAAUCUUUUUUAAGAACUCACAUGUUUCAUGUCAGGAGAGGAACCAUAGAAAAUAUGAUAUUUGGAGAGUAACAGUUCAAAUCCAAUAUGAUUCAUGAUUAAGUCAAACUACAUCUAUUGUGUAGCUCCUAUGUGCCAGGUGGUCUGCUGAGCAAUGGCAAAUCAAAGGCAUGGAAAGACAUGUCUCUGUUCCUCAGGGCUGUCAGUCCAGCCAGGAGACAAAUGUACAUCGAGCCAGGCAGCACUCAGUACAGUAAUAGAGAUGAGACAGGGUGGGGUGGGGUCCUAGAGGUGGGAGAGGUCUGCAGAGGUGGCUCAUCUUCAAAAUUCUGAGAGACAGUAACUGCUAACCUCAAAGUUUAUUUCCAUCCAAGCUAUCGUCCAAGAGUGAGAAUAAAAAUAGAUGUUUUGGGAUAAACAAAACCCAAAACACCACCAAAAGACCUCACUAAAGGAACUUGAGAAGUCUGUACAUUAAAAAAAGAAGAUACCAGAUGGAAGAACUGAGAUAUAAGAAGGAACGAUGAGCAAAGAGUAUGAUGUAUAUUUAAAAACAUUGACUGUAAAUAAAAAUUAUGUCUAAUUUGGGAGGUUUAAAAACCAAAAUAGAAAUAAAGUCAAGACAAGAAUAGCGGAUGAGUCAGGAAGUGGGGAUACAGCUGGAGCAGUCAAAGGUCCUUGCACUGUUCGGGAAGAAGAUAAAAAUAUUGAUUAACCUAAGGCUUUUAUACAUUAAGAGGGCGUGUUAAAAUUUCAAGAUUAUGAUAAAAGAACAGUAAUAGAGUGUAUAAUUUCCAAACCAGUAGAGAGGGAAUCAAGAAAGAGAAAAAAUCCCCGAUCAAUCCAAAGUAAGGUGAGAAAUGAAAAAAGGUGGGGAAAAAAGACAAGCAGGAUGCAAGUGAUAAAAAUAUCAGUAGGUUAAACUCUCCUAUGAGGCAGAGAAUACCAGACUGGAUUUUUUAAAAGAUCAAGCUAUACGGAGACCUGCUUAAACCCUGAGAAGACAAAGUUUGAGAGUAAGAAGAUGAAGGAAGCAAGCUGUUGAAGCUGUACAACCAUGCGAUUAAGUCAGCUUGAAGGCCAAAGUCAUUACUGUGGAUAACAGAAUGCCUUUACAAGAUUCUGAAAUGUUUAUUUACCCAGGAAGAUACAAAUAUGUUAAAUUCACAGAAUAAAAUAGUUUCAAAUAUACCUCAAAAAUUAUAGAAUCACUAAGAGUAAUACACAAACAAACUAUCAUAGUGGGAGGGUGUUAUAUGCCUCUUUCAAUAAUUGAUAGAUCAGACAGACAAAAAUCAUUAAAGAUUGAGAGUUUUUUUCCCUCCUGACACCAAAUACAUGGUGUCCUCUCCAACGCCAGCUGAGGGUCCUAUAAUUCGACUCAGUUCUGACACUAAUGGCCUGGAGUUCAUGUGGACUGCACAGAUUAAGGGCUCUGCCCACAAGACUGCACCUACUUCAGACGUCAGUCACAAGUGUCAAGUGCCUGUGGUACUCACACUUCUGUGUGACUGAGCUAUGAAGUCAGUGGUCCCCACAGCCCCACUGCCCCAGGUUCAAUAAUUGGCUAGAAUGACUCGCAGAACCCAGGAAAACGCUAUACUUACUAUUAUAGUUUAUUAUACAGGAUACAAAUCCACAGGCAGAUGAAGAGAUACACAGGGGAGGUCUGAAAGCGUCCGAGUGCAGGCACCUCUGUCCUGUGGAGUCGGGAUGCACCACCCUUCCAGCACUGGGGUGUGUUCACUAAGUUGGGACCUCCCCCAGAUCACCUUGCUUAGGGAUUUUAAUGGAGGUUUCAUUAUGUAGGCAUGGUUGUGGCCAUUGAUGAUUAACUCAAUCUCCAGCUCCUCACCCCGCCCUGUAGUUUGGGAGGUGGGGCUGAAAGUUCCCAGCUUCUAAUCCAGGAUCAGCAUUUCUGAUCAUGCCUACCCUGAAGCCGUCUAGGGGCCACCAAGAGUCAUCUCAUUAGAAUAAAAGGUGUUCCUAUCCUCCUUAUCACUCAGGAAAUUCCAAGGGUUUUAGGAGCUCUGUGCCAUGAACUAAGGACAAGAAUAAAAUAUUUUUCUCAGUAUACCAUAAGUAAAUAGAUGAUUUGUGCCCCAAUUUGAAUCCUAAUAGCAAUUUGAAAAUAGCAUAUGUAGGAUUACUUAGGAAAAAUGUGAAAGACUUUUAGGGAGAAAGUUAUAAAACUAUUGAAAAAUAUUGACGAAGACCUAAAUAAAUGAGAGGUAUGCCAGAUUCAUGAUUAUUUUAAUACAAAGAGUAAAUUCUUCUCAAAAUGCUGAAUUAACUCAAUUCUCAUAAAAAUCUGAAAGCUGUUUUUAAUGGAAAUCGAUGGACUGAUUUGAAUGUCAGACUUAUAAAGGUUGGCAGUUGACCAGGGUGGCAUAGUGCUGGAAUUUACAAUGGCCUAGUGGAACAAAGUGUAGCGUUCUGAAAUACACCCGUGUGUGUGUGGAAAUGAACUGCAGCAGAGGUGGCACCACAGAUCAGAAUCCCACAAAUGAGGUUAGGAAAGUUGAUUAUCCAUAUUUUAAAGAUAAAAUUGAAUUCUGCUUUACAUAGAGACAAAAGUCAAUUUCAGUUGGAGUAAAACUGAAUUUGAAAGGCAAAACCAUAAACUUUUAGAAGAGGAAGUUAGCACUAUGAUCUCAAGUUAAGAAAAGAUUCUUAAGACACAAAAAGGGAAAAUAAAAAGAUCGAUACAUUCAGUGUGGUUAAAAAAUGAGAAUUUCUUUUCAUCAAAGUACACUAUAAAGAAAGUGAAAAGCUACAGAGUAGGAGAAGACAUUGGUACUAUAUACAACUGACAAAAGAUUAGAGCUUAUAAUGUAUAAAUAGCUCCUAUACAUUCAAUAAGAAACAGUAGAUCGAAUAGAAAACUGAACCAAAGACAUAAACAAGAACUUUAUAGAAAGAGAAACAUGAAUGGCCAACAAAUAUAGGACAAGAUACUCAGAAAAAUGAAAAUUGAAAUCUCAGUGAGAUACUAUUUUUUAAUCAUCGCACUGACAAUUUAAAAGUCUGAUAAUACUGAAUAGUGAAGCUGUGAACAUAUAAAUUCUAACACGCUGCAGGUGGGAGUGUAACCUGGUACAACCACUUUGGAAAGUUGAUGCUGGUAUUAUCUAGGAAAGUGGAAGAUGUGCAUAACCCUACAACUCCGCUUUUCCACUCCUAGACAUAUCUUAGAGAAAUUCCUGCACAUAAGAGACAUACAAGAAUAUUCCUGGUGCAUUGUUAAUAACAGCAAAAAAAUGGAAGAAAUGCAGAUGUUUAUUGGUGGGUCUCCUUAUGUUGUGGAAUAUCACUAGUGAAGAAAAUGAACUACAGCUGUACACAGCAACAUGCAUAACCUCACAACAUAUUGAGGAAACAGCAAGCUUAACACAUAUAGAUGAUUUGAUGUAUUUAAAGUCCAAAAUAUGCGAAACUAAACAAUACUGUUUAGAGACACAUAUUUACAUUAUAUAAGUAUCAAGAAAAGGAAAUGGUCAAUUUCAGUGUAGUUUUCUCUGAGGGGAGGAGUGGAUUGUGACCUUGGAAGGAAGAGUACACUGGGUCCUCAAAGAUAUUGAUAAUGUUCUGUUUCUUAAACUGGAUGGUAGAUACAUGCAUUUUAAUGUUUUACCUUAAAAUACGUUUAUAUAUACAGUCAAUCCUCAUUACAGUGGAUUUCAUAUUUGCAAAUUUGCCUACUUGCUAGAACUUGUUUGUAACCCCAAAAUCAACAGUUGCGCUUUCACAGUCAUUCACAGACGUGCACAGAGCAGUGAAAAAUCUGUGACCAGAUGGACAUGUUCCCAGCUGAGACUGAACUAGGUGGCACUCUGCUUUGUUCCAGUUCUUAUACUGUAAACCAGUGUCCUCUCCACGGUAUGUUCAGUGCAUGCUUAUUGCAUUGUUGUGCUGCUUGGUGGUUUGCUGUUUGCGGUGGCCCUGAGGCGUGGUGCUGAAGCGCCGUCUAGUGCUCCUAGCUGCAAGGAGGCUGCGACGUGCCUUGUGGAGGACGUGUGCGCUGCUGGCCGUGAGCUCAAUGUCAAUGAUCGACAACAGAUAUUUUAAAAGUUUCUUUAAACAGCAGCACACAUGAAACAAGGUUGUGUGUUAAUUGGUUGAUGAAAACGUUGCGAACUGCAGCUCCCAGGAACCGAACUGUGUUCCCCCAGAAGCAGUUCUCAGCUACUUUAUAGAACCACCUCGAAUAAAGAGAAUCGGCUGAGUAUGAAUAUCUGUAUUUGCACGUAUGGGAUUUGUGAUCUAUCCUCUGAAGAGGCUGCGCGAGCAGGAAAGACUGUAGUAGUGGAGACCGGCGUGUGCAAGAGCCAGGAAGUGGCCCUGGGGAUGGAGCGUUAGGAGCGGCUGUGCAGGCGCGGCCCGCGCGGGGAGGCAGCGCCGAGGAUGCUGGGUCCUCUCCGCCUCGCUCUCGCAGGGGCUCCACGGCCCUGCUGUCUGCGUCCGGCGGUCCAAACAGCCGCCAGCGCUGCCAGGGAGGGAGGACGCCGCGGCCGCCAGCGCUGGGGGAUCAACGCGGCCCCGCCCACCGCACGCUCGCGUCCGGAGGAACGCUGCGCCGCAGGCGCGUUUCUGGAGGAGUGAAUUCGGCGUCGGACUGAGGCCCUACGUCGGUUCCGGCGGUGACCGCGGCGCAUGGAGGCCCUAGAACGUCCUCCUCGGGAGACGGCGGCGGCCCCAGGCGCAGGAACCCCAGCGCGCAGCGACGCCGCCUCGAGGGCGCGCCCCGGCGGCGCUGAAGGCGACGCGGCCUCUAGGAAGCAAAAGAAGAAAAAGAAAACCUGGAGCGGGGCCUCCGUAGCGAAUGGCGGCAGCAAGGCCUCAGAAAAGCCCGCCCCGGAGGAAGCUCCCCUAAGCGCGGAGGCCCAGGCAGAGCAGCUGGCCCGGGAGCUGGCGUGGUGCGUGGAGCAGCUGGAGCUGGGCCUCAAGACGCAGAGACCCAGCCCGAGACAGAAAGAGCAGGCUGUUGGGGCAAUCCGAGCCCUGCGCAGCGAAAGAACCCCCCUGCCCCGGAAGAGGCAGCUGAUGCGCUCCUUGUUUGGGGACUACAGGGCGCAGAUGGAAAGCGAGUGGCGCGAGGCGCUGCGGGCCCUCAGGACUGCAGAGGGGGGGCUCUCCCCCUUCCUUGAGUCCCAUUGUCUCCUGAAAAAUGGAAGUGUAUCUCUCACCCUCUGGAUGCUUGGACAGGCCCGGCUCAGUGAUACACCCUCAGUCCCUUGAGGUUUCAGAGCCCCAUCAGUGGCCACCUGCAACUGCAUAUACCCUGGGUGUCCUGGAGCUCCCGGGAAGCCCCCAGCCUAGUUUGUCCACUUGCUGUGCCCUGUGGGAUUCACUAAAAGCUGAUCACCUGGCCAGAACCACCCUC